UGUUAUUAGGAAGCGUCGAUUUGGGGUUGAGAUAAGGUGAAGUUUUAAUUUCGCUUUUGGAUUUAAAGUGGCGAUCGGCUGUCAGAAUGCGAACGCUGGUGAUCUGCAGUCAGAUGACGAUGGCUCCGGGCGGGCAGGAGGGAUCGGUGCAGUGUCAUUCCUUGAACCUGGAAAAAAUGCCUGUGGAAAGGAUGCGGAUGCGGCCGUGGUUAGAAGAACAGAUAAAUGUAGAUCGUAUCCCAGGGUUGAAAUGGCUAAAUAAGGAAAAGAAAAUAUUCCAGAUUCCAUGGAUGCACGCAGCACGUCAUGGGUGGGAUGUAGACAAAGAUGCCCCUCUGUUCAGAAACUGGGCAAUUCACACAGGGAAGUAUCAGCCCGGUGUAGAUAAGCCAGAUCCGAAGACAUGGAAGGCGAAUUUUAGGUGUGCAAUGAACUCGUUACCAGAUAUAGAAGAAGUAAAGGACAAGAGUAUGAAGAAAGGCAAUAAUGCAUUUAGAGUAUACCGGAUGAUACCAGUAGCAGAAAGACCUUCAAAGAGAGGAAAAAGAGCAAAAGUAGAAAAAGAAGAAAAAAUAAAACAAGAGAAGGAGGAACCUAUUCAGAGACCGCUGGCAUUUAUGAAUGGAGCAUAUACAGUUUCUUCACAAUAUACAGUUCUAUGUCCUACAUUAAGACCAGAAGUUGAUAGCACUGUAAAUAUUGUAGGUAAGUCUACAUAUAACCAUAGCAUAGUGGAAGAAAUGAUUGUCACCAAUCCCCCUGAUGUUUGUCAAGUUGUUGAAGUAAUGACAGAAAGCGAUGAGCAGCCACCAUAUCCUUCUCAGCAUUAUCCGCUGCAGAUUUCCCCAGUUUCUUCAUAUGAAGAAAGUGAAACUGAUAGCGUGCCCAGCGACGAUGAAGGUGUGGUAAGUGCCAUGCACUGGAUUCAAAGGAGCAUUGAAAACAGAGAGUGUGUACGGACUGCCAGCCCAAGAGCGCUCUAUAAUCUCCCAGGCAUGCAGACCUUUGUAACAUCUAACAAGCCUGAUCUCCAGGUCACCAUAAAGGAAGAGAAAUUCCCCAUGCCCUAUAACAGCUCCUGGCCCAUGUUUCCAGAACCAAACCCAAUUUUACAGACAGCCAGUUCUUCAACACUGAACAGCACUCGGAAAGACCAUGAAACCAGAGCCACAGUCAUUAAGAAAACAUCAGACAUCACUCAGUCAAGCCUUAAGACUUUCUAGGAGGACUUGUUGAUAGUGUUUAUUUUUUUGGAGAGAAGAAA